AUGGCAUGCUAUGCGCAGCCAGAGUCCUUGUCCACCUACACACCGAUUUCAGAUAAUACACAUCAUUUCAUCGAGGCAACAAGAUCGCUCCUUGACGAAGGUGAUGUUACCGCUCUCGAUGCCCUCGCAAGCCGGCUCAGUCCGUUCAGAAUCAAAUACCGGCCGGUGGUCGUAGGAGAUGUUGUCUCUGUCAAACCCGUACUGGUCCUUGAACACGAGCAAUCGCCAGUCAACGACAUGUGGAUAUCGGCAGAGACCCCCGAUUUCAAUCUGGGAGCAACCCAAACACACGACUUCGGCUGCCCAUAUCAGAAAGGGCUUACGAGUCCCGCCCUUACGAACAAGGUACUGGCUGAUUACGCCGCCGAUAGACACGAGGACGAUGUCGUUUAUACCCAGAGCUCUGAAUAUAGGGUUGAACUGGGUCCCUCAAGGCAAAAUAACCCCGCCGCAAUUGACAUUGACCUCUCCCAGGUUUGGACCCGGCCCCGAUACUACCGUCGUCUUCAGAGUGGAAGUAACCAGGAUGCUCUGUCUCUAGGCGCGUAA